CUGCUGAAGAAUUCAUGGAGAAACUCCCACAGUACGACGGAGACCUGGCAAAAGAAAGGCUAGAAGCUGAGAACUCCGGGGAAGUCCUGAGAUACGUUGGAGUGGUGGACACAGUAAACCAAAAGGGAACAGUGGAGCUACGAAGAUACAAGAAAGAUCAUCCAUUUGCACAGAUGGCAGGUUCAGACAAUAUAAUAGCAUUCACAACGACAAGAUACAAGGAUCAUCCAUUGAUUGUCCGAGGACCUGGUGCUGGUGCUCAAGUCACGGCUGGUGGUAUAUUCAGCGACAUGUUAAGGCUCGCAUCGUAUCUAGUUGCACCGUCUUAACAGGUUACGAUGAUCAGUUUUGCUUAUCUCCGUAUUAAAAUUAUCAGCUACGAUUCUACGGAUCAACAACAUUUUGCUUGGUCAUUUCUUGACUUAUUCGUAGCUGAUCUUUGUUGUUUUUGUGGUAAACAUGUACAAUAGCAACUAGAUUUGUUGGAUUUGAUGUUCUUUGAUUGAUGCAGUAAUAAACGAUUUGCUA